AUGUUACCCAGACAAAUACCACCACCAAUUUCGCAGGAGAAUCCAUUAUGGGUCUCUUGGCAUGAUACACAAAUUAUGGCCUCAUUGGAUCCAACAAAUGUUAUGGAUUAUUUUUGUCGUAAAUCAAAUCCAUUCUAUGAUCAUCUUAGCAAUAAUGAAACUAUUCGUAUGCAGCGUUUAAGUUUGGAUAAUUUAAACAAUAUGGUCGGUGUGGAAUACAUAUUGCUGCACGUUCAUGAACCCAUUUUAUAUGUUAUACGCAAGCAACACAGACACAAUCCACAUGAGGCAACACCAAUGGCUGAUUAUUAUAUUAUUGGCGGUACGGUAUAUAAGGCACCGGAUUUGGGAAAUGUUAUAAGUUCACGUAUUUUAUCAACUGUUACAAACCUACAAUCUGCAUUUGAGGAAGCCAGUAGUUAUUCACGUUAUCAUCCAAAUAAGGGUUACACGUGGGACUUUAGUUCAAAUAAGCAACUUGCCGAUAAAAACAAGACCACGGCUAAAAAAGAAACCACUGCCAAAGAUGACAAUGGAACCGUUUUUCAAAUGCAACGAGUUGACAUGUUAUUAGCGGAAUUAUUGCGUAAAUUCCCACCACCUAUUCCUCCAAUAAUACAUCAACAACAACAGCAGUUACAAGAUGGAAAUAUUAAUAAUCCGGAAGGGAAUAGUGGUAAUAAUCCCUCAGAGGCAAGUCCAUCAGGUGGUAAUCAACAAGCCUUAGAUAUUAAACAAGAAAAUGUCGAUAUGAAACCACCACCAGAGAAAAAACCAAAAACAUAAGACUAUGUGAAAAAA